AUGAUGGAAACGUCUAAAGGAAAAGGAAGUUCGGUUUGCACAGAGAAGAUCAAGAUGGUGAUUCCGAACAGGCACAACGAGAAGCUGGUUGGUGUCCUUCAUGAAACCGGUUCAGAAGAAAUCGUGGUCUUGUGUCAUGGAUUCAACUCCAACAAGGACAACCAAAUCCUCAAGAAAGUCUCUACUGCUUUAGAGAAAGAAUCCAUCAGCUCAUUCCAGUAA